CUACACACACAUGCAAAAAUGAGAAUUACAACUUUACAGUUAAAGUUAAAUGUGAUAUUAAAGGUAAGGUUGGAACUGUAGGUAGACGCUGUUUCCAUAUUACAUUGGAAUCCCGUCCACCAGGAUCAGCCUCGUUAUGAUCCGUGUUGUAUUUGGAUCUUUUAUAUGAUGACAAGCAAAUAAGCGAGAAGUAAGUUUAGUAAACAAAGUGAAAACGUUGUCUUUCCCCAUGUCGAGCUUUGUACUAAUUCAGAUAUAGAUACGCAUGCGGCAGGGUUGCAGUGUGUCAGCGCGGGAGGGAGUGUCUGGUUACCAACAGUCAGUGAGAGCUGGAGGUGAUCUUUAACCCAGAUUUCUGCUCUGUGACCUCGUUUCGAUCAGCUGGAGAGAACAAAGAUUUAAUGAGCAUGGAAGACAAUGAUGAAGAGGAGCUCUGCAAUAAGUCCAGUAAUCCACUGGUUCCGCUGGAUAGGCUUAAGGCCACGAUGGAACUUUUUGUGGAGGAACGGACAGAAGCUAAUAUGUGGACAGCUGUACUGAUCGGAGCAGUGAUGGUGAUGUCUGUCGUUGGAGUUGUUGUGUUCCUCCUUUACAGACGAUACAAACUAUCAAAGGAGGAGGCUGGGGUCCCCCACUACCGUUUUAGGAAGCGAGACAAAGUGAUGUUCUACGGCCGAAAGAUCAUGAGAAAGGUUCAGACACUUUCCUCGGUGCCUGCUUCCAACUCAAACUCAGCCGUGCGGCAGCGAGUGAGGAAGAGGACUAAAGUUCUUUCUAUAGCUCGCAAGAUCCUGCGCAUUCGUAGGGAGCCCCCGACCCUGCAGCCCAAGGAGCCUCCUCCCUGCCUGCUGGAGGCUGACCUCACUGAGUUUGACGUGCAGAACUCCCAUUUACCCUCUGAAGUGCUGUACAUGCUGAAAAAUGUCAGGGUGCUCGGGCACUUCGAGAAACCUCUGUUUUUGGAGCUGUGUCGUCACAUGGUGCUGAUCCAGCUGCACCAAGGAGAGGGACUCUUCCGACCCGGUGACACUGAUGACAGCAUUUACGUGGUUCAAGAUGGCCGCCUGGAGCUGUGCGUCCACGAGAAUGAUGGCACCGAUGCCGUAGUGAAGGAGGUGUUACCUGGAGACAGUGUUCACAGUUUGCUCAGCAUCCUGGACAUCAUCACUGGUUACCCAGCACCUUAUAAAACAGUAUCUGCGAGAGCUGCAGUUCCCUCAGCUGUCCUGCGUCUUCCAGCUGCAGCUUUUCAGUCAGUGUUUGAGAAGUAUCCAGAAACUCUGGUUCGUGUCAUCCAGAUCAUAAUGGUGCGGCUUCAGAGAGUGACGUUUCUUGCCUUACACAACUACCUUGGCCUUACCACUGAGCUCUUCAACCCGGAGAGCCAAGCGAUCUCCUUGGUGUCUGUGGCAAACGUUCUGUGUGAGACUCAUCCACACAAAGGUUUCCGCAGGCAGCAGUCUCACUCUGAUGAUCUGGGCUCUGAAAAAGCUGACACGGCAGAAAAGUCCAGCCUCUCUUCCAUGUCCACAUCAAAAACCAAGAGAUCCCGCUCCCUCUCCAACCCGAUUACUGUUACAGGGGAAAUGUCACCUGACUUCAACAGUACAUACGUUCCAGGUGCCAAAGAGGAGACGGUGCCUCAUAGUCCUGUCAAGUCUAUUCUAAAGAAGAGUGUGACAGUGCAGCAAACUCCAUCUGCUGUGUACCAUUACAGUGAUGCAGGAGGAGGAAGUGUCUACCAUAAUAAAGUCAAUGCCAUUUUCCAAGCUGCUAAAAAGGAUUUGCUGCAGGUCAUCCAAUUACAGGACCCCAGUCUGCUGGAUGGGAGGGUGAAUCUUCGCCAGGUCAAAGCUGGAUCUGUUGUAGGCCACCAGGGAGACCAGGACGUGAGUGUGGCCUUUGUCAUCUCAGGGCUGCUCCAUGUCUAUCAGCGUAUGAUAGACCGCGAAGAGGAGACCCUGCUUUUUGUUACUCACCCCGGGGAAUUGGUGGGUCACCUGGCUGUCCUCACAGGGGAACCCCUCAUCUUCACAGUGCGAGCGCACCGAGACUGCACCUACCUCUCCAUUUCCAAGGCCCAUUUCUAUGAGAUUAUGCGCGAGGAGCCCAGGGUGGUGCUGAAUGUGGCUCACACUGUGGUGAAGAGGAUGUCGCCAUUUGUUAGACAGAUCGACUUUGCCCUGGACUGGAUGGCUGUGGAGGCUGGGCGUGCCGUCUACAGACAGGGAGACAAGUCAGACAGCACCUUCAUCGUCCUCAGUGGCCGACUGCGCUCUGUCAUUGCAAAGGAUGAUGGGAAAAAAGAGCUUGCCGGGGAGUAUGGCCGCGGAGAUCUAAUUGGUGUGGUUGAGGCCCUGACCCACAUGAACCGAGCCACCACAGUCCAUGCUGUUAGGGACUCAGAGCUGGCCAAGCUCCCUGAAGGAGCUCUGAACUCGAUCAAGAGGAGAUAUCCCCAGGUUGUCACUAGGCUGAUUCAUCUGCUGGGGCAGAAGAUUCUGGGCAACAUGCAACAGGUCACUGGACCCCUGGCUGCUCGUAGUUUAGGUCUCCACACGCCUACCAGCAAGUGGGAUGCUGGCAACCCAGUCUCCAACCUGUCCACUGUGGCCAUCCUGCCUGUGUCCGAGGAGGUUCCACUCACUGCAUUCACUCUGGAGCUACAGCAUGCGCUCUGUGGCAUUGGUCCCACUUUACUCCUGACCAGUGACAACAUAAAACAGCGCCUGGGUUCUGCUGCUCUGGACAGUGUCCACGAGUACCGCCUGUCCAGUUGGCUUGGCCAGCAGGAAGACAUCCAUCGCAUCGUCCUCUACCAGUCUGAUCCCAGCCUCACACCAUGGACCCAGCGCUGCAUCCGCCAGGCUGACUGCAUCAUCAUUGUGGGACUGGGUGAGCAGGAGCCCACAGUGGGCGAGUUGGAGCGAAUGUUGGAGAGUAGUGCAGUCCGAGCCCAGAAGCAACUCGUGCUGCUUCACAGAGAGGACGGCCCACCGCCCAGAGGGACGGCAGAGUGGCUCAACAUGCGAAGCUGGAUCUCCAGACACCAUCAUCUGUGUUGCCCCCGCAGGGUGUUCUCCAGGAGGAGUUUACCCAAGCUGAGGGAGUUAUACCAGCGUGUGUUUGAAAAAUGUCCAGAUCGUCAUUCUGACUUCUCCCGCCUGGCCAGGAUCUUGACCGGAAACAGUAUCGCCCUGGUGCUAGGUGGAGGGGGCGCAAGAGGCUGCUCUCAGGUGGGCAUCCUGCGGGCACUCAACGAGGCGGGGAUCCCUGUGGACAUGGUGGGUGGCACCUCCAUUGGCUCGUUCAUGGGAGCACUGUAUGCUGAGGAGAAGAGCAUCAGUCGAAUGAGGGUCCGGGCACACGAGUGGGCCAUGGGUAUGACUUCAUACUUUAAGAAGAUCUUGGAUCUGACAUACCCAGUUACCUCCAUGUUUUCUGGAGCCUCCUUCAACUCCAGCAUUAGCUCAGUCUUCAAGAACAAACAGAUAGAGGACCUGUGGUUACCGUAUUUCAACAUUACAACAGAUAUCACAGCUUCCGCUAUGAGAGUUCAUACUGACGGUUCGUUGUGGCGGUAUGUCCGGGCCAGCAUGUCUCUGUCAGGUUACCUGCCACCGCUUUGUGAUCCCAAAGAUGGACAUCUGCUCAUGGAUGGAGGUUACAUCAACAACCUACCUGCUGACGUGGCUCGCUCCAUGGGUGCCAAGGUUGUGAUCGCAAUCGAUGUUGGAAGUCGAGAUGAAACCAAUCUGACCAACUACGGUGAUUAUCUGAAUGGCUGGUGGUUGCUGUGGAAGAGGUUCAAUCCACUGGCUGAGAAAGUCAAGGUCCUGAACAUGGCAGAGAUCCAAACACGGCUUGCUUACGUCUGCUGCGUGCGGCAGCUGGAGCUGGUCAAAGACAGCGACUACUGCGAGUACAUCCGACCGCCUAUCGACCGCUACGGCACACUGGAGUUUGGCAAGUUCGAUGAGAUUGCUGAGGUGGGGUACCAGCAUGGGAAGACACUGUUUGAUGUGUGGCAGCGCAGCGGUGUGGUGGACAGUAUGCUUAAGGACCGACAUCAGGAGGAGUUUCACAAGACCAAAACUGGUCACGUGGUCACAUGUCCAAAUGCCUCCUUCACUGACCUGGCAGAGAUUGUGUCGAGAAUUGAACCCGUCAAGAAUGCUUUAAUCGAGGAGGAACUCUCUGAUGAGUACCAGACAGACUACGAUGAAGAGGCCGUAGAAAGUGCACUGUCUGACUAUGAGGCGUUCACCCCCGGUAGUGAGCACACAGAGGAGGAGGAAGAGACGGCAGAUACUGCUGAAACUGAUGAAGACGUUCCAGUCAGAGUUCGGCGCCGAUUGAAGAACCCCCUGCAAAGUGCUCCUCUGUGAUUUCUUGUCAGGUGUGCUAUGACUGGAGCACAGUGCUCACUCUCCAGUGCAGUGUUGGCUAUGGUCCAGUGAGCAGCGACAUAACACGCUUACUGAACACUUCAGUAAGGUACAGUCGAUGCUGCCUUCAGACAGUCACAAGUUGCUGUCGUGGUCUCCUUUGGGCUGAUGCGAUGCUCUCCUACUGUCGGAGCACCUGUAAAGUUAGGCAGUUUGGCAGAAUAGAAGUUUUAAUAAUGAAAUGAAUACAUCUUAAAAAAACAAGAAACAGUGUGUUUUGUUUUAGCUUGUUUUAUCGUCACACACUCUGACAGUGUAAAACCUAAUACUUGAUAAACACCGAGCCCUUUCUGGGACAGUUCUCUUUCGCCUUGCUGCUUCCGGCCGUGAUGUUCUGAUCCAUACAGUCCUAUACAGUAUUCUGUUUUAUACACAUUCAAGUUAAAAACUGUUAUGUCGUUACAGAACACUUCAAGUACAGUGUUACCCUCGUUUCCAUCCAAUAAUAAAGGGAUUUCUCCUCUUUAAGAACAGUCCGCACACACACACAUGUGCCAAAUGCAUUCUUAACAGUGGCUGUAAUAAGCUCUUUCAGACAGUGUGUGCAUCAAUCACAUGUUGAAUGUAUGUUUUUUUACAUGAAGGAUUACAAAUGUGUCUGUCUCCUUUCAGCUUGUGUUCCAGUUUCUGUCUAACUUGAAUGCAUAAUUCAAAGUAGCUGAUGAUUGAAUAUAUCAUUAAUGUAGCUAUAGAUGGUUCUGAUCAACAAUAUCCUCACAUGUCAUGGCAUUAAAGUUGGAAGUAUUAAUGAUGACUGUAUUCUACUUAAGGGAGGUGCUUUCACAGAUUCACUGUCACAGGAAUCCCCUGGUUGGUGCUAGGUGGGAUAAGGCUGUGGGCUGCUCUGCUCUGCCAUCACUGAUAAAGUACGUUGUUGAUAGACACAUGUAUUUGUGUUACACUCCAUGCGAGUUAACAUGAAGGGCACAAAUUGGAGGAGUGGCUGUGUUGUGAAAGCCCUGGUGUGACACGGGUGUACAACAGACUACAAAGUAACACUGUCACUGCUUGUAAAAUCCUAUUGAGAAAAAUCCUCACAUCACAACUUCCCACUGUAUAUGCACAUGGAAUUUUUUUAUACUCUCUCACAUAGUGUGUCUCUCAUCAAGUUUAUUAUCAGUUCCAAUUUUCAAAAAGAACCCCCUUAGUGUGCCAACCAAACAUGUGUUUGACUAUUCCAGUUUUUUUUAAAGCCAUCCCACCACAUUUCAGAGAAACACUGCACUUUUUAAUUACUUAAAAAAAACUUUUUUGUAGCAAAACUAUAUUUUUGAUAUUUAUCUGACAGCAUAAGGUCAUUACUUUCAUUCUUUCUUAUUUUUAUAAAAACUGUUGCAGUUUUGAAAGCUUUCGGGUAUCUGUUAGAAAAAGCAAAUAUAUUGAGGGUGGUGACUGUGAGCUCUGAGACUAUAUUCAGAGUUUUAUUAAUCCAUCUCUUUUUUGGUGGGCACAGACACUGAGAUUUGUUUGUUCAAUCAGUGCUGUGAAAGCACUGAUUCUGUGAAACAACUUAGUUUACUUCCUCCUCCUUUUAGGCACCUUUCUUCUGAUUGGCUGCCCCUCUUGCUUGCAUUUGGAGCAGUCUGAAUCCUGAGCUUUUGGCUUAGGAAUUACUUGUACAUACAGUAAACCAUUUGAACUUUGGACAUGCCUAAUAUGAAAAUCAGCCAUUGUGACAGUAUGAAACUCACCCACGUUUAUGUUGGGUAAUUAUGGUGCAACAUUUGUAACUCUGCAGAGUGUCAUCAGUUCCUGAAUCACAGCAGAAGAGAACAUGCCCAUGGCUGAUCCAGUCUAGCACCAACCACGCCUAAUGGAUCAUUAUUAUUCCUCCUGUGCUUUCCAUUUCAGAAUGGUGUCUUAAAGAAGCACUAUGUCUCAUAUUCUGUUAGUUCAUAAUACAUAAAUAUUACUAAAAUACUAAUGGUAAAAUGAUCUAAAUCUUAAAAACAAGAAUCUAAUUUUUCUAACCAAGUAUACAGCACACCAUUUACCUUGUUGUGGCAGGGAAAACACAGAUGUAGCUACUAUCACUAACAGUGACCAUGAGACAGCCGAGUUAAAUUGGAUGAAGAGAACAUUGAUGCUAUUCAGAACAGGUGUUCUUCAGUAUGACUGUGCAGGUCAAUGCAACUGUGCCAUUAAAGGGCCUUACCUUUUUUAUGCCUCCUGUCUUUACACCAACCAAACUUCAAUUUUAAGGCCUGGAGUAAAUGAGUUUUACUAUGUAGUUUGUCAUGCAGUUGCAAGCAGCACUACCUGCCCUGUCUGGGAAAUGAGUACCUAACAUUAGCCCUGCACUAUAAUGGAUCAUUAUGCAGUUUAGAGCCAAGUUUUUAAUCACUGUGGUUUAUUAUGUGGUGUAUUAAUAUUUCAUAUCAACUGACUGUCCAAGUUUUACAAGAAAACAAAAGUUAAAGUUCCAUAGAGGGAAUAGUUACCAUGACAUUGCAUGUGAAUAACUGAAAUCUUUGUUUUCCAUUUGUUGUGAUGUUUCAUCCUUAAACAGAAUUAUGGAGAGUGAUUUUGAAUGUUAAAUCGUCAAUACACUGUGUGUGUUUAUUUCUUUAAUCCGUGGCCUGUCUGAACGCCAAAAUGAUGCGAUGCUGCAUAAGUCUGCAGAUAAAAUGUUGUUACUAUCUCCAAAAUAAAACUGGAAAUAUA